AUGAAGAGGGAGCGCGAGGAGCAGAUCAAGCGCGACCUGGCCAAGCGACCCCGCACCGAGAAGCUCGUGUGGCGGGGCAAGGUCUGGGACAUCAUGUGCUACGCCGACCUCGGCGACUCCAUUCCGCGCAUCAUCGCCUGGAACAAGCAAGAUGACAUUCCGACGGUGGUGAAGGCGUUCCUUGAUGAGCAGGGCGUGGGAUACGACAAGCAUGACCAGCUGGUGGAGCUCUUGGCCAAGAAGACGCUGCGGUUUAUCAUGGAGGAGCUGGCCCGGAGUCAGUACGGCGUGGAGGACGACAACGAAGAGGGCGACGGCGAGGAAGACGACGAGGAGGGGAAGAAGCAAAAGCAAAAGCAGAAGCAGAAGAGCCCCCGAGUGGAUGCAUCGGCGGCAGAGCUGCCCGUCACGCCGUCGGUCGCCCCACUGCCCAUCUGCCAGCACGUCCCCAAGAGGCGAGGAGCGCCGGUGCUUUAUGCGCAGGGACAAUUGGACGGCAUCCACAAGAAGCUACUACAGUUCAACACCGAGUUCCUCGGGGACGCGGCUAUGGGCAAGCACAGCGCCAGUGCGGCGGAGCUCGAACUGAUCAGCAGAACGCUGAACACUCUCCGCGAUACGGCGGCGUACGCCACCACAAAUUUCAGCGAAUCCGAGUUCACGCUCAUCGACAAAUUCCUGGGCUGGCCCGCCGCCAAGCUGUUCCCGGUGCUGGACAUUCACCGACUGCUCAUCCUGCACCCACGAGCCGCCGAGCACUACGUGACCGCGCACAGCCGAAGCCCGCGCUUCCUGGACGACCUUCUCGCGCGCCUGCAGAUUUCGGCACAGAACCCGCAGGCCAACUGCAUGAUCGCGCUCAAGUUCUUCGCCAACAUGUUCGCCCACCCGGCCUGCGAGAACGUCGCAGCGCAGAACGCCGCCAAGAUCCUGGACUCCCUCACGCCGCUGGCCGACACCAAGGACCAACGCAUCAAACUGCCCGUCGCCAACGUCGUGCUCAACUUCUCCUCUAUCCUGUGCGAUGAUACGACGAUGACCAGCGGCAAACGAUGCGCCCUGGCCCUCAUCAAGCAGGGUGAGGAGGACCCCGAGACGCUCUACCCGCUGCUCAUCUCGCUGGGCACACUGAUGUACGGUGACCGAGAGUCGACCACGUUCGUGACGGAGAUGGCGCUGGAGAAGCUCGUGCAUCGUCACCGCGCGUCCGCCAACGCCAAGAUCGCCGCGGUGGCCCAGGACGUGCUCGACCUCCUCGAGUGGUGA